AUGAGCCAGGCUCCGGGGUCCGGGCGGCCGCGGGGGGCAGCGGGGUCCAGGGCCUUCUUCUUCCCCGGGGGCUCUCCCGCCCAGCUCCCGCGGCCCGGCUCCUGCCCCUGGGCCCAGCCUUGGCCCGCCCGCCUGGCCCGCUCUCCUCCUCCCUCGGCCGGGGAGCAGCUCCAGGGGCCCGGCCCUCCUCCCUGGGGCUCUGCCUCGGGCAGGGAGCCCCGGAGCCCCCGCAGCCCGGAGGGGCGCGGAUGCUGCUGCUGCUUCUGCCUCCGGAGCCCCCGGGAAGAGAGGAGCGGCAGCAGCAGCAGCAGCAGCAGGGACACUUUUGACUGGAUGAAAGUUCGGAGGCCUCCUCCUCCUCCUCCUCCGCCCGGCGGCCGCCCAGUGAAAUCGCAGGGCAGCCCAGGGGAAGUGACUUCACCAUCAUCCUCUCUCAGAACCAGCUUUACCACCAAGCAGUUGACAGAGCUGGAGAAGGAAUUUCACUUCAGCAAAUACCUGAGCCGAGCCCGUCGGGUGGAGAUUGCUUCAGCCUUAGGCCUCAAGGAGACCCAGGUUAGGCAUCCACAUGUACAAGAUGAUGUGAGUUUGAUCCUGCAGGGCUCCAAGUUGACUCAGCCUUCCAUCCUUUUGAAGGAAGAAGACAAAAGCAGAGCUCUCUUCUUUUGCCUCCCUAUUCUCUUAUCUCUCCUGAAAGACAGUGCUCACAAAUUCACAUACUGA